GCACUACAGAGGCCACCAGAGUCAUCCACAAUAAAACAUCAGAAGGAUCCACCACCCAUAAUCUAACAUCAACAUCCACAUUGGUUCCUAACACCACUAGACUUGAAAACUCCACUCAUAGUCACACUGGGCAGCCAUCCACUAUAUCAGGUCAGCUGAUGUUUCUGUCUGGAGGUCUGGUUGCUCUGCUUGUGUUUGGCCUUUUGAUCAUGACUUUCAGACUCAUGAAAAUUAAACACAAGAGGACAGCUCAAACUCCUUCAGGAAACACCGGAGAGGACUGCCAUGUGUAUUCUGAGAUUCGAGAUCCAACACCCCUAGACCUCAAUACGGACCCUGAUGAAACUUCAAGUUCAACAGCUGUCUACAGUCUGGCCACACCUGCCGAUCCUAUUGGUCUGCAACAAUUCAAUCAGAAUCAAGAGUCCACACCUGACAUCUACACCUUAGUAACCAAUCUGACGACAGUUUCGCCAUCAGAGACAAUUUCAGUAGUCAAUCAGGAUGCAGGUUCUAAAACUGACAUCUAUUCCCUAGCAACUAACCUGAAGCCAUUAGACACAACAUUAGUCACCAAUCAGGACUGUGAUUCUAAACCGGACAUCUACUCCCUAGCAACCAAUCCAACACCAGCUUUGAACACUUCCUGUUUGUCUUUAAAAGCAGAUCAGAGUGCAGAGAUUGAAGGUGGAAUCUAUUGUAAUCUAGAACUGGCAGAGGAGAGUGAAUCUGUUGCUUUUACUGAUGGACCAAAUGAUAGCUCAGUCUCUGUGUGCUUCACUAAAACUCCUGCUGGGCCCAAGUGAUUGUGUUCCCCUUGCCUGUCUCUGUAUUUCUGUCUGACAGUUGCAUUGACAAAAAAGUAACUUUUCGUAAUUCAACUACCAUAGUUUUAUCUGACACUGUAUAUUAUAAAAUAUAUUGCAUUAUGUUUCCUGUCAAUAUGUUCUAUGUUUACUAUAUUGUUAUGACAUUGUCAUCUUUUGUGCUGUGAUGAUGUGUUGCUGUUAUGCCACCAAUGUGUAAACAUUCAGAUUAUACUCUAUUCAGAUGGAGAAAACCAAUAGAUGUAAAUAUAGCAUGUGGGUAAA